AUCGAAACACAAAAGUUCCCAAAAUAAUUUUUCUCAUUCAUCAUUAAUUCUUAAUUUAGAGAGAGAGAGAGAGAGAGAGCUGCCAUGGAGAGCUGGACGCGACGAAGCCGGGGUUCGUCGCCAUCGUCUUCCUCCUCACACUCCUCACAGUCUUUUACCCAUUCGUCACGUUUCCGCUCGCACAAAUUCCCUUCUAAAUCCACAAGGAAUGCUGAUUCCCGACUCUCAAACCCUAAACAUAACCCUGCCGCAGGCACUGGGGAUGAUUCCGACGAUGCCCACCAUUUGCAAAGCACAAGCAGUCAAGUAGUGGAACUCGACGAACACAACUCGUCUUGUCUUCCCUCUUUGGUAGGGACCUGCCCUUUUAUGUGCCCAGACGGUGAAAGAAUGCAACGUGAGCAGCUUCGAGAUUUAGCUGUGUUCGAGAGGCUGAAUGGAAACCCUAGGAAAUCGUCCACGAGCCUUGCUGUGAAAAAGUUUUGCAGAACCAUAUCCAUGAAGAGCAUGAAUCCAUCGGAUGUACGGCCUCUCCAAGUGUUGGAAGACACUCUGAACUACCUUUUAAAUUUGUUGGAUUCUACAGAACAUCCUUUUGAAGUGGUCCAUGACUUUAUUUUUGAUAGGACAAGGUCCAUAAGGCAAGACCUUAGCAUGCAGAAUAUCAUGAACGAUCGAGCUAUCCACAUGUAUGAGGAUAUGGUUAAAUUUCACAUCAUAUCCCUCCACAAGCUUCAAGGUUGUGAUGGCAGUCCAAAUGCUUCCAUGCAUUACCUCAACAUGGAGCAACUUACAAAAGCUCUUGUGUCUCUAUAUAAUCUGUAUGAAGCAAAUCGAAAUUCCAGUUCUAUUUAUGAGAAUGAAGCUGAAUUCCGUUCAUUUUAUGUGCUUCAUCAUCUUGGUUCUAACAGCCAACCAACGGGGGAGUCGCUCUCGUUCUGGCUUUGUAAUGUGCCUUCUUCUAUUAUCAAGUCAAAGGAAAUGUCUUUUGCCCGCAGAGUUUUGAGAUUCUAUCGGAUGGGCAAUUAUAAACGUUUCAUUUGCACUGUGGCAGUUAGCUCAUCCUAUCUGCAGUAUUGCAUCAUUGAACCUUACAUAAAUGAGAUACGGGCUCUGGCAUUGUUGUGUGUAAAUCAUGGCGGGUACAAGCUUCAUCCAUAUCCUUUGGUGCAGUUGUCCAAACUCUUGAUGAUGAAGGAAUCAGAUGUGGAAUCUUUGUGUAAUGUGUGCGGUCUUGAAACCUCAACUGAUGAAGUAGGAAAUAAGUUCUUACCUGCCAAGCAAAUGAGUUUUCGUCAUCCCAGAGCAUUAAAGAACUACCCUCUUUUGGGUUUGGAAUGUUUACAGAGGUAAACUUUCAGGUUGAAUACUUAAAAAUAUGCAGGGAGGCAUUAGAACGGUAUUGCAACACCAUUCCAGUUGAAAGUGUGGUUCAUGAGAACGGACAUAUUUUGCAUCCCAGAAUGGAUUGUGCGUCUCAUUCUUUACCUGUGAUAAAAUAAUUUACGCCAUUGACUUUGUAUGUAUUAAUCGAAUGCCUCCCCAUGAUUGGUCAAUGCAAGUGUCUUGCUUCUCAAA